AGGAAGUGUUUGCGUUCUUCCACGUGUUUCAGUACUGAGCGGCGGGUGAGCCAGAAAGGCUUGAGGGACAGGUGGAGAGCAGAGACCGGCUUCUCAGUUCAUGUGAAGAAAGCAAAAUUGUAGGAAGACUGUGUAAUUGAACCUGAGGGUCCCUCUUGCGUAUUCCUGCCUGUUUCAGUUUCCAGCGGCCCUGGUUAAAAUCUACAAAAAGCCAACCUAGGGCCACAGGAUGAUGAAUGUACUAUUACAGGGAUCAGUGACAUUCCAGGAUGUGGCCGUGGACUUCACCCUGGAGGAGUGGCAGCUGCUGGGAUGUGCUCAGAGGAAGCUGUAUUGGGAUGUGAUGCUGGAGAACUUUAGAAACCUCAUCUCAGUGGGGUGUCCAGUCACCAAAACAAAAGUGAUCUUCAAGGUGGAGCAAGGACAAGAGCCAUGGAUGGUGGAGGGAGAGAACCCACAUUGGCGCUCUCCAGAAGUUAUCUGCUUACUUGAUGAUGAGCUAGAGGGACAGGAAGGAGAAGGAAGCAAAGACAAUUUUUUGAACCAAGGUAUGUUCACCUUCAAGAAAACACUGACCAAUGAGACAGUCCAAAAUUGUAAUCUGAGUAUAAAUUUUAUUUCUUCAAGACAAAAACAACAUAAAUGUGAAUCAAAUGGAAAGUGUUUGCAACCUAACUUAUACUUUCUUAGUUAUAAUAAAAGUUAUAUCAGAGAAAACUCUUAUGAAUACAAGGAAUGUGGAAAAGCCUUCAAAAACAAGUUGUGCCUUAUUAGACAUGAAAAAAAGCACAGAAGGAAAAAAACCUUUGGGUGCAGUGAAUGUGGGAAAGCCUUCCAAAAGAAGUCUCGUCUCAUUAGACAUGAAAAAAAGCAUACAAGGAAAAAAAACACCUUUGAAUGCAGUGACUGUGGGAAAGCCUUUAACAGUAAGGGACACCUUGCAGCUCAUCAAAAAAUUCAUAGUGGAGAGAGACCCUUUGUGUGCAGUGAUUGUGGGAAAGCUUUUACGCAUAAAGCACAACUCGUGGUCCAUCAGAGACUCCACACUGGAGAGAAGCCUUAUGAAUGUGGUCAAUGUGGGAAGUCAUUCACCUGGAACUCCUCCUUUACUCAGCAUGUGAAAUCGCACACACCCGAGAACUCAUUUGAAUGUAAGGAGUGUGGGAAAAGCUUCAAGUACAGUUCAUCCCUUUAUAAACACUCCAGAAUCCAUACAGGCGAGAAACCAUACCGAUGCAGAGAAUGUGGCAAAGCCUUUGCAGACUCAUCAGUGUUGGUCAUGCACCAGAGAAUUCAUACAGGCGAGAAACCCCACGGGUGCACUGAAUGUGGCAAAGCCUUCAACAAGAGAUCACAUCUCCUUAAACAUUACUCAACUCACAGCAGAGCAACAAAAUAAAUGCAACACAUGUGGGAAAUCUUUUAACUGGAAGACACAUCUCAUUCUCCAUCAAGGAAGUCAUAAAAACAAGGGAGCUUUGUAAAUAUGGGAAAACUUAAAAUUAGCCUUUUACUGAAGCAGCAAAGAAUUCAUC